AUGCGCAAGCUACGCGUCCUGAUCGUGGGAGCCGGCAUCGGCGGCUGCACGCUCUCCCUCGCGCUCCGCCAAAUCACCGCGCGCACGCUCCCCGCGAUCCUCCAACGCGCUGCUCCAGCCGCCUCCACCUCCGCUACAGCCGCCGCCGCCGGCUCCGCCGCGCCCUUACCGCCCGCGUCGCCCGCCGAGUCGCUGUUCGAGGCGACGGUGUUCGAGCAGGCGCCGCAGAUCCAGGCGGUCGGCGCGGGGCUGUCGCUGUGCGCCAAUGGGCUUCGCGUGUUAGACGGUUUGGGCCUGUACGAGAAGAUCCAGAACCUCAGUGGACCCAUCUCCUCGCUGCACACAUACACGGAAAGUGGCAAGAAGCUUCGUACCUUUGACUAUUCAUUCAUGUCGAAGCGCUAUGGUUACCCCAUGAUGGCAUUGGAGCGAGCAGAGCUGCAGGGCCUGCUGGUCCACGAGGUCAUGUCAGGCGCUGAGUCAUCAUCGGUGCCGCCCAUUCUGUUCAACAAAAAGUGCAUCUCCGUGCAGAACCUUGGGCCAGGGAAAGGAGUGCGAGUGCAUUUUGAGGAUGGCACAUGUGAGGUGGGGGAUGUGGUGGUGGGAGCAGAUGGGGUGAAAUCAGCCGUCCGUUCUGCUGUCAUGCCACGUCAUGAUCCACAUGACCGUAAGCCAAGCCGCGGAUCAGCAGCCUACAGUGGCAUCUCCUGUAGGCUGACAGUGGGACAGUGGGACGGGCAUGGUGAGGGUGCUGGGCUGGGGGCGGGGAGGUGUGGCAUGGUAGCAGCGUAUGCGGCAACGAGUGAGGCUCGGGCCGGAGGGCAUGACCUGCCUGGACGGCUGGAGGCGCUCGAGGUGGUCAAGAUCGCACGGAUGGACGGCUUGAAGCAUCUCCCUGCGUCGCUGGUUGAGCUGCCUCGAGUGCGGGUGUUGGAGGUGCGGGUGUGUGGUGGGAUUGGCGCGUUGCUAGGAGAUGAGAUAGUGCUGAAACGCACUGCCAAGGGAUCUUCGCUGAAGGUGCUGGAGGUAACUGCGUGCUACAAGCUGGCUCGCCUGCCGUCUUGUAUCCGGAGAAUUCCGACAUUGCGCGAUUUUGAUGUUAGCGAGUGCCCUUUGCUUUCAGGGGAAGACAGGAGGGGGAUUCCUGCAAGGGUGGGUGAGGAGGAUGCGGAGGAUGAAGAGGAAGAGGAGGAAGGAGGAGGGGAGGUGGCAGAGGGUGAGGAGGGAGGAGAAGCGGCGGUGGAAGGGGAAGAGGAGGCGGACAGGGUAGCAGAGGAGGGUGCAGAGAGUGAUGGUGCGGACUGGAAUAUCCACCAUGAGUAUGGCUUGGACAGUGAAGAUGACAGGGAUGAUGACGGAGGCUGGGGGGCGAGUGAUGAGGAAGAAGAGGAGUAA